GAGCCGAGUAGAGAGAGUUCCCUGCGUCAGUGCACCUCGAACAGUGAUGAGUGUGAUGUGCGGGAGUUUCUCCGCGGUGAAAUGUGAGGUCAUUGGAGGAGAGUGAGUUGUAAAGGAGAUAUCUGCAGCGGAGGCCGUAUGCGCGCACCUUGAGGAACGCUAGCAGGCCAGACACGGGACAGCGACGCGGCGAGAUGGAUGGGCAGGGCUUGAGACACCUGCAAGCCCUCCGCAGUUUCAUCGGCAACCUGGUGGAUCAGGCGGAGCGGGCUGGCGGCUGCGACUGCCACAAACCACCCUCGCUCCUGCUUGUGGGCCCACCAGGUGCAGGGAAGACAUACCUGGUGAAACAGAUGAGCAAUGUGUGUGAGAUGCCUCUGUAUGGCGUCCACACCAACCAGGUUCGAGGUGCAGCUGCGGUUCGGAAGCUGUUUGACCAGGCGCGGGACAACUACCCCUCCUUGGUGUUCAUGGAUGACAUCGACGCGAUCUUUGUCAACCAUGACAGAGACCCAUCUUGCCACUCCGCCACCCAGAGCCUGAGGGACGAGCUGUUCACACAACUUGGCCCAAGGAAGCUGAAGAUUAAGGAUCCCAAGUCCAGUAUCAACCCCACAGACAGUUUAGUGAGUCCUGGGCGUGGCGUGAAUGGCAUCAAUGGCAGCAGGGCGUCCAGCAGGGCAUCCAGCUCUCGGCCACGCCCUUCCGCACCCCCUGGUGAAGACGAAGAUGUGUUUGGCGAUGAUGUGGAUUCGCCCUAUCCAGAUAAUAAUGGAAUCAUUGUUGUUGCUGCCACCAGCUCUCCAUGGAUGUUAUACAAGGACCAUGAGCUGUUGAGUAGGUUCCGAGGAGUGUAUCUUGUGGGGCUGCCAGACAAGCAGACAAGGUACAACUUGCUGUGCAGUCUCUUCCAGGACGUGCACCACAACCUCUCAGACAAGGAGAUCAUGGUGGUGGCGGAGAAAACUGAAGGGUUCACGCCAGCAGACCUAAUGGUGGUAGUAAAGACACUCACCUACCGCCAGUUUUCCUUCCUGCUGUCCAUGUCGGCAGCGCGCAGUGGCUCAGUGGGCUCCUCUAGUGACGUUGGCUCCACUGGCUCACAGACACCGCUGUCCUCAGAGAUGUCAGAGACGGCUUCAGAGUCUGACCUAGAUGGCUUGCCGGAAUCUGAGGGUCACCUGAAGCGUGGUGGUGGUGUCAGUGGUGGUGGUGCAGCAGCAAUAGCAGCAGCAGCAGUGGCAGCAGCAGCAGGAAUGAGAGAAGUGUCAAAAUCUUCAGGCAACAAGACCACCACAGAGUCCAAUGCAGCCAGCGGAGCCGUGCCCAAGAAGGACCUGAAGCAUGUCAACACCGAUCAUAACGGCCGCAGUAAGAGCCCUACAGAACGGUCCUCAUCUUCUGCCAUGGUCAACACUGCUGCGGCAGUGUCGGCGGUGGCAGCAGCAGUGACGACACUCUCAGCACUCAGUGACGAGUGGGACACCGCCACUGACAUUGAGGAGGAGGAGGAGGAGCGGCAGCCCUGUUCCUCCCCUGAGAGCCGCCCAGCCAAGCAUACUGACGCAGCACCAACCCGUGUGCUGGAUAACAUUCUGGUGACAACUGCAGACGUGGAGGAAGGACGGCCACACGAUGAACUGUGUGUGCCGUCCCCAGACUCUGCCAUUGGCCUGUCCAAGAGCAAUGAGGAGAUGGAGGAGACACACAAUACCUCCAACAACACAUCCCAAGUGGAGGGAUCAGAGACACUUCCCAGAGCGCCGUCAGAAAGCAGCAGUAGCGGAGUGACGUCGUCAGGCUGUGAUAGUAGUGAUAGCGGUGACAUGAGUGCAAUAGUGGGUGAUGCUGCCAAAGAGAGCAGCACACAUAGUGACUGUGAGGGGGAGAAGGAGAACACCGGCUGGGAGGACAGGACUACGGUGGAGGAGGUGGUGGAGAAUGUGGAGGCUGCAGAAAUAGACAAUGCAGAGGAGACAACGGGAGAGGAUGUGUGUGACAGUGGUAAUUGUGUUGGUGGUGCAGGAGAAGAGGAGGAGAGAGUUGGUUCACCACGUGACUUUGAAUUGCACUACAGCGAGCCGGCCGAACCGCUGCGCGAUGAUAACUGUGCCAUUGACAGCGACAGCGACAACGACAUCUCCGAGUCCGGCCGCACGAGGGGUCGCCGCGUGGCCUUCUCUGGCAUGUCCCCCAUGGAGCCGCUGUCUGUGGACGUUGGUGACAGCUGCAGCAGUGCCAUGGACACCAUACCCCCAAACAUCACUCUGGCCCCCUCCAGCCUGCCAGAGCCUCUGCUGCCCAGCGACCGGCACCAGGACGGAGCGCCUAACCCCAUCCUGCUCAGCCUGCUGGCCCGGCCCUCCCCUGCUCGUGAACACGACCGAGAUAGGGACCGGGACCGUGACCGGGACCGUGACCGUGAGCCAGCCUCCCUCUCCUCGUUCCUACAUCCGGACCCAGACCUGGAUGUGACCAAGACCUCCACACCUAUCGAGCCCUUGGAAGCCCUCACCCCUACCCCAUCCCUCACCCGCACUCCCACCCCCACCCCCAGUGAGGCCUCCAGCAACAAUGGCACCGUGGCAAGCUCAGGCAGCGGCCGCCGCGUGUCAGCAGGAUCCACCAGCAGUGAGGUCAACAAGAAGGAUGACAGUGAUGACUCCUUUGACCACAGUGAUGGCCACACGGUUCCCUCUUCGGACAUGUCCACGGCCACUUGCAAUGAAACAGGAGAAACAAUGGAGUGUCGGACAGACUCAGAUGAGCGGUUACAGGAGCUGGAAGAUGUGCCAGACCACAGCGACUCAGCCCGGGCCAGCGAGUACGGCGAGGCUGAGGCCAAGGCUGGAGGCAAGGGAGGACUCGGCUCUCUCCUCAACCUGGAUGACCUUGGAGAAAUUAGCAUUCAGCUCAUCACUCUGGCUGACGUGCUCGGGGUCGUCAACAAAGGUUACAGAAGCAUUUCUGACGAGGAGAUCAAACGCUACACAGACUUCAUGGUGUGGUUCUCUAAUGUAGCAAAGUCUGCUUGUCCACACUCUAAGGAUGGCUCCCAUCGCCCCAAUGCACCGCACCUGGAUGAGAUCAGCCUGGACUCCACAGUAUUUGAUGUACCAAGCAUCGUUAAGAAAAGGAAAGGACCACUAAGAAAACUUGGACGCUUCUUACUGAAGGCACUCAUGUUCAUAUUAGACUGAAAAGUUAUUGUAACAAUGUUUUUGAGCAGUGGAGACAAUAUGAGGGCAGACACACAUGUGGAAAGGACAAACCUAGGUGGCUAGACAAGAUGGGAUAUGCACAUGGUAGUCUGUGUGUGUGUGUGUGUGUGUGAGUAUCAGCACCCGAUGCAUUCCCAGCUCCUAUGAAUGCAGUGCUGUGAGUUGCUGAGAGUACACACCUACCCUGCCAGAAUCAAGUCUGAUUGUAUUGAUGGAAGGUCGCAUGACAGUAGGGUCACAUCGAACUAUAUCAAUACAAUGCGCAGUUACAGUCAACAACAUAAGAAUGAAUAAUUCACCACCAUGUAAACUUUAAAAAUCAACUUAAAACAAGUUAAGAGUUACUUUUCACUGCUGAGAUGUAUCCACUUGAUUGUGAUUUAGCCAGCUUGAUAAUCAAAGACAGUGCAUACUGUAUUUUAAUCCAUACUGUUUUACACCUGGUAAAAUGUAAGUGAACUGUCAGGGAGAGAGAUUAUCACCAGAUUACUAUUACCACACUCCAUUGUCUUGCUGGGACAUUUAUUUUGGGACAUGAGAAGCAAGAUAAUUUUUCAAGUGAAAUCUAUGCUUUUUUAGAUGAAGGCCACAAGUGCUUAGCUACAAGGAGGUAGUGGUUGGGUGUUACUUUCAUUUAUCUCAAGACCACACUACAGUUUGUGGACCAAACCCUUUAUCUCUAGACCACACUACAGUUUGUGGACCAAACCCUUAAAUAAUUGUGUCAAGAAGUUUCCAUGGGGUUUCAUUGUGGUAAUAUUUGAAAAGGAUUUCUCAUUAGGAACACCCUAUCAUCUUUAAAAAGUCUGCCAUGAAGACCUUUUGCAUUUUUGCAUGCAUAAAUUCAGUAUGAUAUGUAAAGUAUGAAACUGACUAAAGAAUACCAUUAUUACAACAAAAUGCCCUCUUUGAAGCUUUACAGAAACAAAUCUUUAAAGGUGGGGAUGACACCAGGUAAUAACCCCAUAAAAGGACUCUUCACUGAUACAAAUGACCUAUCCGACAAUUAUCACAAAGGUCUAAGUGAAUGAAUUGACAGACUGUCCUACCACUGUACAGUCACCACCACUACACUCCAGAAAUAUUGAGACCACGUUACUUGUCCCUCAAUAAAGACAAUUUGAUAAAACUGCACCGGUCUUGCUCAUUGAUGUAAAUACUGCUGUGUUCAUUGAGACUGACAAGUUUUUGUGCCUGUUUUGGACAUGUUCAGUUUAUUUUUUGGUACAUGUAUUCCUACAAAUAUACAACUCACUUGACAGGGGAUUGUGCUUAUAAAACUUUACUUUAUAAGGCAUGAACUUUGAACUUUUUGGUAAUUGUUAAAAGCUGAAAGUUAUGUAUUAUAAUUAUGAUGCAUUUAUGAUUUUUUAUCAUAGUCUCAUACACUGUUAAGUCUGAGUGUAUGUAUGGAUGUUGUAAAAGAUUAUUUAAAUAUCA